UUUCCUCCAUUUUUGAGAUAGAAUCAGGUUUGUUAGCCUGGUCAAAGGAUCAUCAUGCCCGGAAGGCUGUGGAGCAAGGCCAUCUUUGCUGGCUACAAGCGUGGCCUGAGGAACCAGCGUGAGCACACAGCUCUGCUAAAGUUAGAGGGAGUUUACAACCGUGGCGAGGUCGACUUCUACCUGGGCAAACGCUGUGCCUACGUCUACAAGGCCAAAAAGAAGACCGCAACACCCGGUGGUAAACCCAACAAGACACGUGUCAUCUGGGGUAAAGUCACACGCGCUCAUGGAAACAGUGGAAUGGUUCGUGCCAAGUUCAAGAGCAAUCUUCCCGCAAAGGCUAUCGGGCACAGAAUUCGUGUGAUGCUGUACCCAUCUCGUGUAUAACAUGCUUUUGUGUACAGACAAUAAAAAAAAAA